GCCUGUUAUCGUGUUGUUGUUCAUGGACGCGGAAUAACCAGAAGAACGCAUGCUCGGCCGUUGUAUGCUUUGUACUUGAACAUCGUGUGGAUUCACUUUUUUCGCAUUUAGUAUCCUAUGAAUACGAAAUCAUCCUACAUGUCAGCCGUCUCCAACCUCCUCUUGCGUAAUGCAGGAAGACCUAGACGCAUGGGACCCACUGCGUGAGGAAUAUAACUCUGUUUCCUUCAAUUGUUACACUUCUGGGCCAGGAGCCAACCUUCCUCUUGAAAACCUACCUCCUUUUUCAAAGCAGGCUAGACAGAGCAAAUCUCGAACACUUUGUGUCAAGAACGUUCCUGUACAGCUAACAGAGGUUGGCUUGAGACACUUGUUUAAUUGCUUUGGGAAAGUGCUAAGCGUUCGCAAGCUCGGUCCAAGGCGAGAGUACCCCGGAAAGACAGUAGCGUUUGUCGACUACGGUACAACAGCGGAGGCAUUAGAUGCCAUUCAGAUGCUCUGUGAUAAAGCACCCUUCCAUCUGAAAGUCAAUAUAGCCAUGUCACUUCAAGAAAGACGCAAGAUCGAACAGAGACAGAAGGACGAGAUGGAUGGCAUCUAUAAACAAAUACAGCAGGCAAAGGCUGCUAUUGAGCCAACACGUGCCACUCAGAAACCUGGAAUUGGCAGAGGAAAAGCACCGCAGCAUGUAUUCACGUUAAAUGAUCUGAAAAACAUCAAGGUCACCCUUGGGCAAGGGGUUGGACAGCGUAGUGUCAAGAGCUCAGGCUCUUCUACGAUAUCUUCCUCUAGUGCGUCUUUCAAGACAUCUUAUGACUACGUUGCGGACAGUGAUUCAUCAGCUGGUACGGGACCACGGCGAGUUUGUUUCGUCUGUGGGAAGAAGGCUGAUCUCAGAUGCUCCGUUUGCAAGGUUGUCUACUGUUCCCGCGAGUGUCAAGUGAAAGAUUGGCCCGAGCAUCUCAAAGAAUGCCUGAAAAAGGUGGGGCAAAAAAGAACUGGAAAAUUGGAGAAUUUGUCCGAUUCAGACACAAUAAGUAAGGGAGACCAUGUACAGAGCAAUGGUGUACCGCGGGCUCCUUCACCAAAGAGUACUCAAGGCGGGCAACCUGUGAAGUCUCCUCAGAAGCCUCUAUCUGCCUUAACGCAGCAUCUGGCACAGAAAGCAAAGUCUGAAAAGACCAGCCCACCUCCCCCCAAGGUAGUGAAGCUGGACGAGGUGAAACUUCCUCCUGGAGAAAAGGUUGAGGUCACCAUCUGCCAUGCUGCUUGCUUGGAUGACAUAUACCUCCAGCUGAUUUCCUCUCAAGCAGCAUUGGGAGAAAUGCAUCACAGGCUUCAGGGCUUGUGCAAGGAGGACUCGGGUUAUGAGCCCAAAGAGGGAGACGUAUGUGCAGCUGUUUUCAGCGGCGAAUGGUACCGGGCCUGCGUAAUACAAGUCUUAUCGACCCCUGGUGGCUGUCGAGUGUACUUCUUGGACUAUGGCAACGACAGUACGGUUGCAUUAGCAGACAUGUGUGCUCUCCCACUAAAGUGCACAGAUCUCCCAAUACAGGCUGUGCAUUGUAGGUUACACGACAUUCGGCCUAAAGAUGGGGCAGAUAAACAGAUCUUAGAGGAACUGUCUCGGCUUCUUUCAACUGGCCUGCCACUCGUUGCGAAACUGGUGAAGAUGUCUGAUGACGAAAGGCACGAGGUGGAACUCUUCUCUAAUGAAGGACAAAGUUUUUCUGCCCUCCUGAAGGCCAAGGGUCUCAUCAAUACGCCCCAGAAGUCUCAGACUAAAAUGGAGGAGGUAGCGUCGAUCCUAGACCAGAGUCCAGUGGGGACGAAGUUGGAGUUGCACGUUAUUGUCCGUGCAGCUGACUGUGCCUGGUGUACAGCAUUAGAUAAGGAAAUGCAGGAGAUAGAGAACGAACUGAAUGCGACCUGCCCUCUCGUUGCUGGGAGUGUCCGGAAAAGCUUUCCCGUAGGAGAGUUUGUUGCCUCGCAGUCCCUGGAAGAUGGCUGCUGGUACCGUGCCUGCGUUAUCCGUGCAAGCCCUACAGAACGCUGGGUACGGUACUUGGACUACGGCAACGACGAGGUGAACACCGCGGUCGUGCCUCUCGACCUCGAGCAGAAGCGUAUGGUACCUCGCGCUGUUCGCCUUUCUGGACCCGUCAUUGCCUCUCUGAAAGUGGGCGAUGUUGUUUUUGCAAAGAUAAUGCACAAUGCAGAGGGGAAAGUCACAGCAGAUAUAAUAGAUGGAAAAAAUGAAGCAGCAAGACUUGGCACAUGCAAGUUGGACCAGUGGCACUUUGGGACAGAUUGCUUCAGAGGCCCAGGCGAGUUGCGUGAGGAUGGAGUCAGAAAUGGACCUCGUCCUUCAUCAGCAACACCCCCCGCACAGGAGUCUUUCCGAGCUGAGGAACUUGUGCCUAAAGUGAUUCACAUCCCCGUGCGAGGUGUUCCAGAGAAGAAGUGCAACAUGGGCUUGUCGUGGAAAACAUCAGACGUCUUGUUCCUCCACCAGGAGUCCCUCAUGGAAGGCCUUGCCACAAUGAUGGACAAACUCCACGAGUGGGCCAAGACGACAAAAGCGAGUCGCUCCCACUAUGACGUGGGAGACUAUGUUGCGGCAUAUUCUAAGGAUGUGAAUGCGUGGCACCGCGCACGGGUGUUGAGUGAGAAGAAUGCAGAUGGUGCCUAUGUGGUUCUGCUCGUGGACUUUGGCAACAGCGAGAGCAUUCCUCCAUCUUCACUGCGGUACCUGCCUCCCCAGUUUGCGGACUAUGCCAUCUUUGCGCACUGUGUGGUCCUUGACGGCGGAGUAUCUCCCGAAGACCCUCGCCUGGAGCAAAUGUUGAACCAAGAGCCGUUUGCAGCCGUUCAAGUGGGAUGCCGCAGCGGAGUGCCCGUCGUAAAAUUGGUGCGCAAGAAUGGCACCUGCAUAACGGAUGUGCUCAGUGGAGCCGUAAAGGACGCAGCAUUGUCAAAGUCUCCCAAAGCACCGAUGUCUGAAACGAAUCUUAUCCAGUCCAAGUCUCCCAAAGCACCGACGCCUGAAGCGAGUCUUCACCAGUCCAAGUCACCCAAAGCACCGUUGCCCGAAGCCAGGCUCAUUGUCCCACCAUGCCCAGUCCCUGAGCAGAGCUUUCAAGCCGUAAUAACGAGCACAGAUGGACGACUCUACUACAUUCAGCCUGUGCUACGGAGCGAGAGUCUGCUCAGAAUCACGACUGCACUCCAGUCACCCCCUGCCGAAACUUUGGCAUCAUGUAGUCCUCAGGACUUUGUGAUUGCCCGUGCUACGGACGAUGGUUGCUGGUACAGGGCGCAGGUCGUCUCCCUUGCUGCCGGUGGGAAAAAAGCGGAGGUUUUGUACGUGGACUACGGCAACAGUGAAGUCGUGGACAGAGAGGCGUUGAAGCCUCUGACCUCGGCUCUGUCUCGUGAGCCAGCCUGUGCUCUUGCUGUGGAGCUUGACAGGGUGCCUGCACUACCUCCGGCUGACGUCGCUGUGCUGGUGAACGAGCAAAUGAAGAUUGAGGUUGUGGGAGGCAAUUCUGAGAAGUUGAAAGUUCGAAUGACCACCAGUGAUGGGGACUGCAUCAAUGACAUUCUUGCACCACAGAAUGCUCCUGCUGAGGAGGUGCGAUUUCACAUCCCCGAGGCCACACUUCCAGCAGGCCGCUCAGAAGCUGUACUUGCAGAUAGGGAAGGAAACACUGUUUACCUCCAUCUUACAGCAAACGUGGACCUACUGGAAAGCCUGCUGAAUGAGGUUAACAGUUCCGUGCCCAGUACCAUUCCGGAAGUGGUGUCGGAGGGCGAUGCUGUGUCCGUGAGACCUUCGGGAGAGGGGUUGUGGCACAGGGGAACGGUGCAAAGCAUUGGCGCAAGUGGUAAAGUGAAAGUACGCUUGGUUGAUGCAGGCCGCGUUGAAGAGGUAUCAAAGGACGAAUUGAGGUACUUGUCUGGCAAGCUGGCUACACUGCCCGCCCUAACUGUUGCUGUGUGUCUGCACGGAUUGCUGGACCUUAACGAUGCCAUGCUCGAGCCACUGAAAGAUGAGGCUGUCAUGGUAGAAGCAGUGGGGAAUGGUUCUCCUCCGGCUGUCAAGCUCUACAAUGAAGCCGGGGAGUGCAUCAACGAUUCCCUGAAACGUUCUGCCGAUAAAAGGGCUGCAUUCCAAACAGCAACGCCACAACAAGCCAAGCUUAUACCGGAACACGAGCUUCCAAAAGGUCGAACGAAUGUGACGAUCGUCACGGCAUCAUCGGAAGCCGCCGUCCUCACUGUCAUGCAGACGUCGCUCGCCACUGAACUGGGUACCAUGAUGGCGGACCUGAACGCUGUAGUCUCGACUUUGCCGCCUGCAAGGGCCAUCGUGCCUCAAACCUACAUGUGUGCCAAAUAUGCGGCGGAUGGAUUGUGGUACCGUGCGCGGGUGACUGCAAAAGGAAAGUCUGGAUUUGUCGUCUGCUUUGUUGACUUUGGCAACGAGGAGGAGGUGCCUGCAAACGACUUGAGAGCCCUGCCCGAAACGUUCUUGACCAUCCCGCUGUUUUUGAAUAAAGUUGCGGUGGCGGGAGUCAGCAAGAUACACCAGGACCUCUGCAAGGACAUCUUGGAAAUUCCUGCAUGGAUUGAGGUCGUGGACCACACGAAGAAUCCUCCGUGCGUCAAUGUUCUCGGUGAGGACGGUGUGAUUCUCAACAGUGAAUUUGCCUCGUCCUAAGUAUUGUGCGUGAAAGUACUUCUCAGGAACAUUGGAAGGACACCAAAGGCUGCAAGUUAGCAGAACAAUUGUUAAGUGUUGACCUAUUAUUUGAUGUUUAUAGUGCAGUGACUGCUGUACAAGGUUAUCUUUUUUUUCUUUUUUUUUUUUCUUUUUCUCUUUCUCAAUAUGCCUAUGUAACGAACCACUCAAAGCACAGUUAGGGUAAACAAAUAAGUGUUAUAAAGCUUUAUCAGCUAUGA